ACUCCAUGGCAAUUUUCCCUGGGGUCAAAGCGCGAAAGCCCCCUGAGACUGGGAGUGGGGACUUCGGGCUCUGCAACCGCAAUCCACACGGCGUCGAUGGACGGCGGCGGCGUCGAGGCGAGCGCAACGGCGGCGUGGAUGGAGAGGCACCGGCAGAUGUAUGAGCGGGCUACGCGGCACCCGUUCAUCGUCUCCAUCCGCGACGGUACCGUCGACCUGUCCGCCUUCAAGCGCUGGCUGAGCCAGGACUACAUGUUUGUGAGGGGAUUUGUCGCAUUUGUAGCCAGUGUACUGCUCAAGUGUUGCAAACAAGAAGACAGCUCAGACAUGGAAAUUAUCCUGGGUGGAGUAGCUUCUCUCAGUGAUGAGCUCUCUUGGUUCAAGAACGAAGCCGCCAAAUGGGAUGUUGAUCUAGCUAGUGUUUCUCCCCUUAAAUCCAAUUUAGAGUACUGCAGGUUUCUUCGAAGUUUUACCGAGCCAGAGAUUAGCUACACUGUUGCAGUAACUACCUUUUGGAUAAUUGAAACCGUGUACCAGGAUAGUUUCGGUUUCUGUAUAGAAGAAGGUAACAAGACACGGCCGGAGCUCCUGAGCACCUGCCAGAGAUGGGGCAGCCCUGAGUUCAAACAGUACUGCCAAUAUCUGCAGAGAAUCGCGGAUCGCUGCUUGGCAAAUGCAUCUGCUGAUGCUGUGAAGAGCGCUGAAGAGGCCUUCAUCCGGGUACUUGAGCUGGAAAUUGGUUUCUGGGAAAUGAGCUCUUCUCAGUCCUAAACAACAGCAUAAUCUCUUAAGUCCAAACACCUGUACAAAUGCUUGAACGAAAUAAAUGGUGCAGCGGGAGUUCAGACCCAAACGUGCACUGUAUUUUCCCCUGUA